GUUCUUUGUGCUCUAAAGCCUCACAUCGCCAGGGCCCAGGGUUGCAGAAGCCACGGGAGGAGCACACAGCCUCUCACUCCACGCUGGAGAAGCUCACAGCAUCCGUGGCCGGCAGUGUGGCUAACUCCUUCCUGACAUCUUGGACAGAUUUAGAUCCCAGAGAUACGGCAAGGGAAUCAGGGGUGGGGCUUUAGGGGACAGAGGCUAUCCUUCGGCAGAGAUGGCUUUUGCCUCCUGGCGGAUGUGGCCCCUGGUGGAAUGGGCCCAGUGGAUGUGGACAGCGGUGACCAGCAGUGGAGACUCCAGUCUGAUGGCCCUUCAAGGAAGCCCUGGAAAGAGGAGUUCUGACUCUGAAGAAGCAUUUGAGACCCCCGAGUCGACGACUCCUGUCAAAGCUCCCCCUGCCCCACCCCCGCCGCCCCCCGAAGUCACUCCAGAACCUGAGAUCAGCGCACAGCCUCCCCUGGAAGAACCAGGUAACCAAGGCUGCGGUUCUGAGCCGGCCUCUGUCCCCGAUGGCCCACGCAGCAGCUCGGUGGAAGGGAGCCCCUUCCGCCCCCCGUCACACUCCUUCUCUGCCGUCUUCGAUGAAGACAAGCCUAUAGCCAGCAGUGGGACUUACAACUUAGACUUUGACAGCAUCGAGCUGGUGGAUGAUUUCCAGACCUUGGAGCCCCGCUGCUCAGACUCUAAGAGUCAGGAAUGCAAAGUGAGCACGCGGAGGAAAUCCACGGAUUCCGUGCCCAUCUCCAAGUCCACGCUGUCCCGCUCUCUCAGCCUGCAAGCUAGUGACUUUGACGGUGCUUCUUGCUCAGGCAACCCCGAGGCCGUGGCCCUGGCCCCAGACGUGUGCAGCACGGGUUCAAACAGUGCUUCCAAUACCCUUAAGCGAACUAAAAAACCAAGGCCACCUUCCUUAAAAAAGAAGCAGACCACGAAGAAACCCGCUGAAACCCCCCCGGUGAAAGAGACACGACAAGAGCCAGUGGAAGAGGAUCCUGUCCCCAGUGAGGAGAAUCGAGCAUUCGAGACAAAACCGGAAUUGUCCAAGACGGAAGGUUCUGUACCGGCCCUCUUGGAGGAGACGCCCCUGGAACCCACUGCUGUGCCCAAGGCCGCCUGCCCUCUGGACUCCGAGGGUGCCGAAGGGGCCAUCCCCCCAGCUUCUGGAAGUGGCAGAGUGCAGAACUCACCUCCGGUUGGAAGGAAAGCGUUGCCUCUUGCCACGGCUCCGGAGGCGGUGGAGGUGACUCCAUCAGAUAGUGGGGGGCAGGAGGACUCCCCAGUCAAAGGGCUCUCGGUGAGGCUGGAGUUUGACUAUUCUGAGGACAAGGGUAGUUGGGACACCCCGCAGGAAAACCCCCCUCCUACCAAAAAGCUAGGCAAAAAGCCGGUUGCCAAAAUGCCCCUAAGGAGGCCAAAGAUGAAAAAAACACCCGAGAAACUCGACAACACUCCUGCCUCACCUACCAGAUCCCCCGAUGAACCCAAUGACAUCCCUAUUGCUAAAGGUACCUACACCUUUGAUAUUGACAAGUGGGAUGACCCCAAUUUUAACCCUUUUUCUUCCACCUCAAAAAUGCAAGAGUCUCCCACACUGCCCCAACAGUCCUACAACUUUGACCCAGACGCCUGUGAUGAAUCCAUUGACCCUUUUAAGACAUCCUCUAAAACCCCCAGCUCGCCUUCUAAAUCCCCAGCCUCCUUUGAGAUCCCAGCCGGUGCCAUCGAAGCCAAUGGAGUGGACGGGGAUGGGCUGAACAAGCCCGCCAAGAAGAAGAAGACGCCCCUAAAGACGUAAGUUCAGGGGUGCAAGGUGGUAAGAUCAGAGGUGGGGCUGUGCGUUGGCUGUGAUCCUGGGUCAUGUGUCUGGAUGGACGUGGCUGCCCUAGCCCUUCCCCCCCAUGCGCCAUAACGCCACCAGGUUUGCAGCACGGUACCUGUCUCCCUUCCUCUCUGCUCCCACAGUGGUGGCAUUUCCCAGCCACCUACCCCUUUGGGUCUAGAGUCCUUGAUCCUUUGCCUUAUUAUGACAGUGGUUUAACGCAUUACUUUUAGCUGAAGUCCUGACAUUUGACUCCAGGGGAGUGUGGGAGAGCCCGUGGAGAGGGAACCAUCCAGUGGAGACCUGGUCAGCCUCCCUUUGGUGACUUAGCCUUUUCCCUGGUUAGCAUGGGAAUUGCUUCUUGGGGUGGCCUACCAGCUAGGAGAUCUACCCUUAAAAUAUUGUUAAGAAUUUAUAGGAUUUGUGUCUGGCCUUUAAUGGCCCAGGAGCGAGAGGUCUGGCCUGGACCCUCCUCCCUGCACCGCAGCCCACCCAUGAGAAGCACCUCAUGUGUCUUCAUUCCUUUUUCUAACCAUCUUUUGCAGAAAAGACUCCAAGGCCCUGUAGGUCCAGAAGAGGUCAAUGAGAAGACAGUCCCCAGGAGGCCAUUCAUGAUCGGUUCUGCUGGCCACAGACACUUGCCAAGUAGAGUACCCUUCAGUACUCCGUGUCAUGUCUCUGGAGUCAGUCCCCAGACCCAGCUGUCACCUGGGUGGCUGCGGGUCCCUGCUCAGGCUGUGGGUCCCAGCAUAGUGGGGAUGGUGCUUGGAGCCUUUCUCCUGCCCUCCUGGGAAGUAUGGUCAGUAGUUGCGAGGCCCCAGAGACCAGGCUUCUGGCGCCAACUCGGCCGGAGAGACCACCAGACUCUGCCUGGUACGAACUGAGACAGGGUGACCUUUUUACCUUCCAUUCGGGGCUCCCCGCAGAGUUAACAUUUGAGAAGAACCUGGAGCCUCCUGAGAGCAGGUUCUCUAAACAGACAUUAGUACGUGGAUCCCAAGACUUUGGAGAUCAGCUCCCCAACCAGGCCCUUCCUAGAUACUCCGUCGAAGCUGUGUUGGGAGCUUUUUUUAAAGCCUCGAACAGAAGUCUGAGAUGCCCAGACAACAAAGCCACGGUCUCUCAUUUUUGGAAUGAGAGCCAGCUUGUAGCCACCACGCAUCUCCUCCUUCCCCACCCACGGGUAGCUUGGUUACAGAGCUAACUAACAGGUCAGGGAAGCCAGUCCAUCUUCUGGGUCUCACCUCUAGUGCAGAAGACUUGGAAUCCUACACUGGUGUGACAAAGGUCUUUGGGCACCAGCACCUUACAGGGUAAUUGGAACCAAGAGAGGAAGGUGCUCUCCGACAGCCCCUCUCAGAAAGCUGGGCCGUUGGCCACGCUCGGCAGCAGAACCCACGGGAUGGCUCCUGUACCCCAACCCACUGAAAACCAAUCGUCUGCAGAUUGAUCUUUUUUGUCAGUUCCUUCUGUCUGUCUCUCUUUUUUCUUGUCUUCUUGUCUUAGGAUGGUUGAAGAUGUGAUGUCUGUGUGUUCUCUGUUGUAAGUAAAUUUAAUGGAAUCUGCCUCUCAUCCUACCUGUGCUUUUUUUUCCCUGCUUUUCUGUUUGCUUUCAAGCCCUCUCCAUCUCCUCUCCGUGGCGGCUGCUUACGUAUU